ACGCGAGAUAAACCCUUUAACUCUCUCUCCGCGUCCCGCACAGAGCGAGAGGCUCCGCGGCAAGCGCGCACACGCACACACACACACACACACACACACACACACACACACACACACACACACACACACACACUGGCGCGCGGUCACACACGCACGUUAAACGAGGAGAAGGAAGAAUGAGGAAGAACUCGCGCGCACAUUUCAGCUCUCCUGAAAUCUGCUGAUAAAGCAUCAGAUAUUUGAUCGCUACGGGUCGGUCCGGGGUAAAAAAUCAAACGCGUGUAUGGAAACCGUGGGGUAAAUAUAGUUCUCGUGCGGGUCUCUUAUCGUCCAGGUAUCUCGUGUAUAAAAACCUUAACUAAUGCGAGCUGGGAUAUUACUACAGACGGCUCCCGACACCCACCAUCUCCGUUAAACGCUACUGCUGCCGCUAUCCCUGACACUGACUUCUUCAGACCCAGACGGACCGGUCCGUUACGAUUAAGGAACAAUGAGGCAUCGUGAAAUUUCCCCACGCCUCUUUCUGGGCUUUCGGUGUCUAGUCGUCAUGGUGAUUCUGCUCUGCAAUGUCCACCAUGUGACAGCGGAACAUGCCCAGGACCACGGCCUGGAACGUAGUUCUUCUGCCAACAAAUCCAACAAGUCUUGUGGUGGGUCGGGCAUAUGUCUGCCAGGGGUCAUCCUCCCAGUGUGGGAACCACAGAAUCCCUCCCUUGGUGACAAGGUUGCUCGCGCCACAGUUUACUUUGUGGCACUGGCAUACAUGUUUCUUGGAGUUUCGAUUGUUGCCGACCGGUUCAUGGCGUCCAUUGAGGUCAUAACCUCUCAGGAGAAGGAGAUCACUAUUAAGAAACCAAACGGUGAAACCACCACCACAACUGUACGCAUUUGGAACGAAACUGUGUCCAACCUCACCCUCAUGGCUCUGGGGUCCUCUGCACCUGAGAUUCUGCUCUCCGUCAUUGAAGUGUGUGGCCAUAACUUUGAAGCCGGUGAUCUCGGACCCUCCACCAUCGUUGGCAGUGCAGCUUUCAACAUGUUUGUCAUUAUCGGAAUCUGUGUCUACGUGGUGCCAGAUGGGGAGCAUCGCAAGGUUAAGCACCUGCGUGUUUUCUUUGUCACCGCUGCUUGGAGCAUCUUUGCCUACUUGUGGCUCUACCUGAUCUUGGCUGUCAUCUCACCAGGCGUUGUUCAAGUGUGGGAGGGUCUUCUCACUCUUUUCUUCUUUCCUAUUUGUGUCGUCUUUGCUUGGAUCGCUGACCGCCGCCUCCUGUUUUACAAGUAUGUUUACAAGCGCUACCGUGCUGGCAAACACCGUGGCAUGAUCAUCGAGACGGAGGGUGACCGUCCUCUGCCGUCCAAGGUGGAUAUUGAGAUGGAUGGAAAGAUGCUGAACUCUCAUGCAGUAGACUUCUUAGACGGAACUCUUGCUUUGGAACUGGAGGACAAAGACCUGGAUGAGGAAGAAGCCAGACGUGAAAUGGCGAAGAUCCUCAAGGAACUAAAGCAGAAACAUCCGGAUAAAGAGGUGGAGCAGCUGAUCGAACUCGCAAAUUACCAGGUGCUCAGCCAACAGCAAAAGAGCCGUGCAUUCUACCGAUGCCAGGCGACUCGCUUGAUGACCGGCGCAGGUAACAUUUUGAAAAAACACGCAGCGGACCAGGCCCGUAAAGCAGUGAGCAUGCACGAGGUACGAAGUGACACUGGAGAAAAUGAUCCAAUUUCCAAGAUCUUUUUUGACCCUGGCUCCUACCAGUGUCUGGAAAACUGCGGAACCGUGGCCGUGAAUGUGAUCAGACGUGGAGGCGAUCUCAACCAGACCGUGUCUGUGGAAUUCCGCACAGAAGACGGGACCGCAAAUGCAGGCUCUGACUACGAAUUCACAGAAGGUACUGUUGUUUUUAAGGCGGGCGAGACUCAAAAGGAGAUCAGAGUUGGAAUUAUUGACGAUGACAUCUUUGAAGAGGACGAAAACUUCCUUAUCCAUCUCAGCAACGUCCGGGUGCUUCAUCAUGAGGGUGAUGAUGCAGAGACCACUGAAGCCAAUCACGUGGAAACCAUCGCAACACUUGGUGCGCCCUCCACAGCAACAGUCACCAUCUUCGACGAUGACCAUGCCGGUAUCUUCACGUUCGAAGAGCCCAUGACCCAUGUUAGUGAGAGUGUGGGUGUAAUGGAAGUGAAGGUCUUGCGUACGUCUGGCGCCCGUGGCGUGGUGUCAGUGCCAUAUAAAACCGUUGAGGGAACAGCACGUGGAGGAGGAGAAGACUUUGAAGACAGCCAUGGUAUUCUGGAGUUCCAAAAUGAUGAAAUAUUGAAGACGUUAACAGUCAGGGUUCUCGAUCGAGAGGAAUACAAUAAGCAAUGCAGCUUUUACGUAGAGCUACAGACGCCAAUAUGGAGGAGGAGAGGAUGGACAGAAUACAGAGAUGAAGUGAAAGAGCCGGUGAAGGAAGAGGAGGAGCCAUUGACAGGCGAAGAGGAAGAGGAACGUCGCAUUGCUGAGAUGGGAAAGCCAAUGCUCGGAGACCAUCCCAAGCUGGAAGUCAUCAUUGAGGAAUCUUAUGAAUUUAAGAACACAGUUGAUAAGUUAAUAAAAAAGACCAACUUGGCUCUUCUGGUUGGGACCAACAGCUGGAGAGAUCAGUUUAUCGAGGCCAUCACAGUGAGUGCUGGUGAGGAUGACGAUGAAGAAGAAUGCGGAGAGGAGAAGCUCCCUUCCUGUUUCGAUUACGUCAUGCACUUCCUCACCGUCUUCUGGAAAGUUCUCUUUGCCUUCGUCCCGCCCACCGACUACUGGAACGGCUGGGCUUGUUUCGUGGUGUCAAUCAUAAUGAUUGGCGUUCUGACGGCCUUUAUCGGAGAUCUGGCAUCGCACUUUGGCUGCACCAUCGGGCUGAAGGACUCCGUCACCGCUGUGGUGUUUGUGGCAUUGGGCACUUCUGUUCCAGACACAUUUGCUAGUAAAGUGGCAGCGAUACAGGAUCAGUACGCCGACGCCUCCAUCGGAAACGUGACGGGCAGCAACGCCGUGAACGUAUUCUUGGGCAUCGGAGUGGCGUGGUCCAUCGCCGCCAUCUACCACAACUCGAAGGGCAACGCCUUCAAGGUGGAGCCGGGUAGCCUGGCGUUCUCCGUCACCCUCUUCACCAUCUUCGCCUUCAUCUGUGUGGCGGUGCUCAUGUACCGCCGCCGACCCGACAUCAACGGCGAGCUGGGGGGUCCGCGGACUGCUAAAGUGCUGACCACCAUGCUUUUCUUCAGCCUUUGGCUCCUCUACAUUCUGUUCUCCUCCCUGGAGGCAUACUGCCACAUCAAGGGCUUCUAAAAACACAUACACACGCUCGCACACAUGCACACACUCAGAACUACACACCUUCACGCAGCGACACACACACACACACGUUCAUGCAUAAAGAUCAUGAGAAUAAAGGGUAAAGACUUAAGACAGGCAGCAGCGGAGGACUCUUUGGGUUUAUGUGGAUAAUCGUUUCCACAGACCGUAGGCCAGUUUUUGUGUUCUUACCGCACACCACUACCACUCCUUCAUCUUGAUCUUGUUUUUGUUUUGUUUUUGUGUUCUGACUGAAUCACUUGAGGGAGUGCGACGAUCAACAAUUCAGACUGUAUGAAAGCUACUGUUGCUAACUUCAUCUGCUGUAGUCGUGCUUUAUAAAACUGUGGAGGAAACCCUGUAGGGUCUCUUCAUAGUGUCAUGGAAUUCUGGGUAAUGUAGUGGUUUUGUGUUAUAUAGGUAGGGUUUUUUUGGCUUCAUGUAGAGUGAGCGGUACUGCACUUUGCCUGCGUGAUAAAGAUACAGGCUUUGAGAAUCUGCAGACACACUGUAUUCAGUCUCCAACGUCUUUACGAAUUUUAGCUUUCGUCACCUGAAGUCGGAGUGCUUCUGACCGCUGGUUUAUGGCUUGGAGAUCCUCCUACGGCGCUUAGCGGCGUUUGCUGUUGUGACUAGUUCCUGUGAAGGCCACUAAUAAUUUCGUCCAUUCAUAGCAACAUCAGAGAUUAGCCUCUCUUUUAACACUAAGCUUUAGAGACCAGAGGUGCACUAGUGCAUUUCAUUUAAGAAUGAACUGACAUUCAUGAGGAUUGUGAAGUGAGUUUUUGGGGACGUCCUAAUAAUACGAAAGCUGACAUAUUGCAGUUUAGUAAUGAUUGGAUUCAUUUAUGCAGAAGGAAAGCAUGAAAGCAUGGGAGGUCUGUCACUAAUAAGACACAAGGCCCUUGAAAUGCUUUUGCCAACAUCACAUCUAGAGUUUACAAUUAAGACUGUUACUUUCCGUCCAGACAUACAUUUGCGAACACACACUACAAUCAUAGAGUAACAUCCAAACGGCCAUCGUUUCAUUUAUUUGUUUUCUCAAAAACUCACUGUUUUAUACACGCAAGCAUUCUGAACUAAGACCUAGUCAUUGCUUGGCAAACUUGCUCGAUGCCCCUCGAAACACACACACUCAUUUACAUAUAGUUUACGAGGGCGCGCACCCUCCCUCUCUCCGGCCGAGACCGCUUCUUUGUACUAUGUAGAUUCGCAUAGGAGGCCGUAAGGUGAACAUCGUAGAGUAGUUAUGGUUUUAGACAUAAGUCAGUUUUUUAAAGCGGAAAUGGAAUUUAGAAUAGCAUGGGUAAAUAAACGAAUCAUAAGUACUAAAAAAGUAGCUUUGUCUGAAAUUUUGAAAGCAGAAUUUUUCACGCUCCUUUCCAAAGUUAGAUUUAGUGGGCAAGUAAGCGAAACACGUUCUAGAUGGAGCGCUAGGGCUCGUUUUCUUCAAAUUUGCCAAAGGAAAAAAAUACUUUCUUAUGGAGAACUGCAGUGUGCCACACAGCCCCUGAAGUAGGUUUUGUAUUUCGAAUUUUUUACCCACACCAAAAAUGUCUUGGUGACAUUUCUUAUGGGCGUUUCUAACUAAUUCGAGGGAGCUCUUUUACUGCAUAAGAACAGCAACUUUUCCCAUGGUGGGCAUCAUACUGUAGGUUUUCUGGGAUUUGAAUGUUUGUAGUUCCUUUAGCUUGAUUUUGAAAGAGAAGAAAACUACUAGGGCGGCCGUUUCUUUUUUGUUUCGUAUUUAAUGAAAGGAAACAUAUUGUACCAGCUCCAGGGUUUUCUAGUUGGAAACCUUGAUCCGUGAUUGAGAUGGCCUGCUGUUGCUUGCUCAUUCUAAGCUCCACCAGAAAGAAAGACACGACACACACAAAAAACAAUCGAUAUUAAAACACACAGACUUUUUUCCUGAAGCCUACUAUCUAAUUAACCAAUAAACGAAAAGUUUGAGGAAAUUGGGGUUUGGUGAAACCAUGUGAAUUACAGCCAUACUCUUUAAGUUCUGCCUAGAAAAAAAAGACUUUUCGCGAACCCUCGCUGUACGUGCCGCCCGCUAAACACCGAUUGACUGCAACACGGAGCUGGAGGUGUGUCUCUACACUCACGGGCGCAUACGAGGCGUUGAAAACUGUACGCGGUCUCAAUGGUUUAUACUGUAUACUGCAUUUGCUUUGGCAGAGCAGGAGUCAACAAUUGUACAUGCUCUGCAGUUCUGUACAUCAGGGCUUGACUGCAUUCGAACCGCCUCUGUGAAACAUAGCCCCUCCUUUGUGCCCCACCCCUUGUUUGUCCUACCCAUAUUUGGAAUGUUAAUGUGCUUGGUGUUGACAAUGCAUGGAUGCUAACCUGUCUGUAUAUAGUACGCGGAAUUUUCUUCAUUAAUGUAGAGGUUUGAAAGCUGUAUAGAUAUUAUUAGACAUUUUUUUUGUUUUGCGUGUUUGUUUGUUUGUUUCAUUUGAAUGUGUUUGUUUAUUAAUAAUAAUUUUAACUUGCACAUGUAUAUUAAAAAGGCAGUAUCUGUCGUUUAAUACCGGCGCACAGGUGCAUGAGCACAUGUACAAACAAACAUAGGAAGCAAUAUAUCAAGGUUAUUUGCUCGAUUGUUGCCGUGGUUGUAUUAUUUAACAAAUAUUUAGUCACUAAAAAUUCAAAUAUGUAUGUAUAUAGACUGUAAAGUAGAGUAAAGACGAGUCACCGCUCGGGAGAAUUAUACAACAUAUUUAUUCGAGACCUUUACGAAUGACAAAUAUUGCCUUUUGGAUUGAUUGUUGCAUCGAGUUUCAUUUGUUCUGUUAUCUUUGCUGAGCAGUGCGUGUGCCUGUAUGUGUUUACCUGGUUUGAAGCGGUGUGGUGUGUGUGUGUGUGUGAUAUCAGUAAGAAGAAUUUUAAUGGAACAAAAAAUCCAACAUGUGUUUGUGAACAUCUUGCAAAAAUCUGUGAACCACCUGGAAAACGUCAGGUUAACGUUUCGUUGUGUAUGCCUUGUUAAUGUCUCACGUUCCUACACCCCCCUCCUCAUCACUGCUCAGAUGGACUGUAGUUUUUCAGGGGUUUAAUACUAAUCUUUGAUAAUAUUAUUUCUUUUUCUCUCUCUCUAUCUCUCUCUUUCUUUGUCUCUCGCUCUCUUACUCUCAAAUACAAGGCCUCACGAACAUGUUGCAUUAAUGUGGCCAGUGCUAAAACUACAUAGGCUGCGUGUUGUUAAAAACCCAGAUGUGUAUAUGUGUGAAAAAGUUCCUUAUUAAUUGUGUAUACUGUAUGUGUGUAUAUGAGUACAUUUCACUUAUUUAUAAUGUGUAUACAUUAAUAAUAUGUAUAAAGAUUUGCAGAACCAUAUAAGCAACGGCCGAAAGCUCUCACGCCAAAGCAGGACUGAAUGUAUCGUUCGUUGUAAUAGCUGGUCUACAUGAAGGAAGUUUUAUUAUAUUAUCUGUCUCGACAGAUGGAGGGGCUCGACUUAUUGUGUGUGUACGAUCACUGUACGCUAAUGCUGUGAGUCAUGUUAAUGCAAAGUGUGUGUGGCCUUGUGGCAUAGUGUGUCUUACACGGUCAUAAGCUUAUUAAAGCUCUCUCUCUCUCUCUCUCUCUCUCUCUCUCUCUCUCUCUCUCUCUCUCUCUCUCUCUCUCUCUCUCUCUCUCUCUCUCUCGCUUUGAUUCACGCUGCUUUGUUUUGAUUGUUAGGUUGUUUAUUUUUCGAAUCUGAAUAAUUGAGCUUUUUUUAGUUUUGAUUUAUUUGUGUUGCACUCAAUCUAAUAAGAUGGACGUCCACUAACUGUGAUUGCUCCCUUAGUACACCUCUACACAGGAAAUAAAGUUUGGGAUAUCCUGUUUAGAGCCAA